UUUCCUUUUCUUUUUGCAUAAAAAGAAUCUAUGUUGAGGUACGUAGCGGUGAGGUGGGAGAAAUUUCAGGGGCUUCCAUCUUUGUUCAUCCUAUCUUCUUCCAUGCUAGCAUGUCUGUUGUCUGUUUCCAAUUCUAUGCGUUUCACGGUUGGGGGUUGAGGGACACUCUAGGUGAUUCUUUGCGUUUCCAUUAGAUUCAUUCAAAGAAUCUGGUGGAAACGGAUGAAAUCUAGAGAUCUACCCCAUUGGAACAAGGUGUUCUCGGCCUGUCCAUGCUGAAAGUUCCCUGCAAUCUUCUCUGAGAAGACGUCUAUCGGCUUUUCUAGGAUCGGCACCGCUGCGCCUGAUUGAGCAGGCGGAUCUACCGUGGGUCGGAUUGGGUAACUGGGUGCGCAAUCCGAGGAUGGAACAGUUUCGGCAGAUAGGAGAAGUAUUAGGAAGCCUAAAGGCGUUAAUGGUGUUCCGCGGCAAUAGACAGAUCAACGGGCGUCAAUGUUGUUUGUUGCUGGACAUGUUGAACCACGCGUACGAAGUUGUGGCUGACGAGAUGAGAGAGAACCUGCGAUUCGAAGAGAAACAUGCCAAAUGGAGAAUCCUGGAACAACCAUUGAAAGAGCUCCUCAGGGUGUUCAAGGAAGGAGAGAUCUAUAUCAGACUCUGCUUGGACAAUAAGGACUGGUGGGCGAAAACCAUGAUCCUAUAUCAGAACACAGAUUGCAUUGACCUCCACAUCCACAACCUGUUAAGUUGCAUGCCAGUGGUCAUCGAAGCGAUUGAGAUCGCCGGAGAAAUUACUGGUUGGGAUCAUGAUGAGAUGCAAAAGAGGAGAUUGGUGUACUCAAAAAAGUACCAAAAAGAAUGGAGUGACCCGAAGCUCUUCCGAUGGAAAUUCGGCAAACAAUAUCUCAUAACUCAAGAUUUCUGUGACCGGUUAGACCAAGUGUGGAAAGACGAUAGAUGGCUUCUGAUGAAUAAAAUCCGGGAAAAGAGUAUUUCCGGCUCCGCAUCAAAGUAUGAGCAGCGACUUAACGAUCUGCUAUUAAGGAACUUGGAUAUGUGGGAGCCUUCCAAUUGGAAACUCUUGCCAAGUUCGAUCCUAGUCGGGUCGAAGGACUACCAGGUAAGGCGAAGGCUAGGUAAUGGCAGCCAAUACAAGGAGAUACUUUGGUUGGGCGAAACCUUUGCUCUGAGACAUCUUUUCGGGAAUACCGAGACCCUAGUUCCUGAGAUUUCGUUGAUACAUUCUCUCUCCCACCCCAAUAUACUGCAAUUUCUUUGUAGCUUCAUCGACGAGGAAAAGAGAGAGUGUUUCGUGGUUGCAGAGCUGAUGAAUAGAGACCUAGGAAGCUACGUCAAGGAAAUCUGCGGUCCACGAAAACGAAUUCCUUUCUCUCUUCCUGUUGCCAUCGAUUUGAUGCUUCAGAUUGCUAGAGGGAUGGAGUAUCUCCACUCUAAGAAAAUCUACCAUGGCGAUCUCAAUCCUUCUACCAUUCUGGUGAAGGCAAGAGGUGGUUCAGGAGAAGGAUACUUGCAAGCCAAAGUCUCAGGAUUCGGCCUGUCUUCCUGUAGAAACUCUUCCCAAAAGACAUCUUUAAAUCAAGAUGGAAUCAUUUGGCAGUCUCCCGAAGUUCUAGCUGAGCAAGAAGAGACGGGAAGUACCAGAGACAUGAAGUGCACCGAGAAGUCCGACGUCUACAGUUUCGGGAUGAUUUGCUUUGAACUUCUAACUGGAAAAGUACCCUUUGAGGAUGCGCAUCUUCAAGGGGACAAAAUGAGCAGGAACAUCAGGGCAGGAGAGAGGCCCUUGUUCCCAUUCCAUUCACCGAAAUACUUGACCAGCUUGACGAAGAGAUGUUGGAAUAUCGAUCCAAAUCAACGGCCGAGCUUCUCUUCCAUUUGUAGGAUCCUUCGCUACGUGAAGCGCUUUCUCGCGAUGAAUCCUGAUUGCGGUGGCCAGCCAGACUUGCCAAUGCCAUCUGUGGACUACCUUGAUAUCGAAUCGAGGCUGCUGAAGAAAUUUCCUUCCUGGGAGAGCCCCAACCCAUUACCCGUAUCAGAUGUGCCAUUUCAGAUGUUCGUUUACCGAGUAGUAGAGAGGGAGAAAUCAAGUGCUUGUUCUAAAGAGAACUCUGAAUCGGGUAGCGAGGGAGCCUCCAUCUGCGGUGAUGAAAGCACGAUCAGUUUGGACGAUCCUCUCCCGUCAGCACCCGAAAGGAAAUUAUCACCCUCUCCCGAAACUCCGAGCAGGAACUUGACAUCGUUGAAAAGAAUAACAGAUGUCAAACUAAACAAACAACCUGGGACACCAAGAGGGCGGUCACUACGGCCUCCACAGAUAACUCCAACCGGGCGAAGCAUUAGAAUGAAUUCAGAGAGUCAGCUACUGCUGAUGAGUCCAAAGAUAAAGAGGUCAUCAUCUGGUAAUGCAUCAGACUGAGAGCUUUCUCAAUUGGCAUUAUUCUCAACCCAAGUCGCGUGCUCCAAGCGGUUUGCUGACUGGGCACCACAAAUUCAUUAGUACACGAAGCCAUCCGAAGUGUUCAACCCAGCAUUGUAAAUUAAAGCAGCUUUUGACCGUGAAGUCAAUGGAAUGUUUGAUGUGGUGAUUACAUUCCCAUACGAGGGAGCCUUGUCUCCACCGUUCAGCACCAUCAAAUUCACCUAAGGUGAAAAUC